GAGAGUGGUGUCUAAGGCCAUUAGGCCAUUAAUGAGGAGUUUUCAGAUGAUCUAUUAGUAUUACAGCAAUGCUUAUUAGCAUUUGGCUAUUGCACAGCCUGAUUUACUCCACAGAUUCCCUUUACUCUAUUAGAUUGUAAAUGCUCUAAUUUCAUAGAAACUUUCCCUCAAGAAAUAAAUGUAUCAAAAUGUUAUUCUUUAUUCCUCUUGCAAUUGUGCUAUUGUACUAUGCACUGACCAGGCUCAUAGUAUGGCUGGUGGCAUACUUCAUCAUGAGGUGCUACAAUAUCAAGAUACAAAUUUGCAGCAUCUCCCUGCUUCACUUCUGCUUCAAGGAUCUGCUCAUUGAAAAAGGACCCAUAGCCAUUAAAAUUGAUCGAGUAGGAGCAGCUAGCAGCCUCUUCAAUCAAGAUGAACGGAAGAUAUUUGCACUGAAGCUUUAUGAUGUUCGCAUUGAAAAAAGAGCUUGCAAUGAAGAACAUCAGAGUGAUUCAUCAAGCAAGAAAGACUUAAAAGAAAACUCAUUGCCUGAAGAGCCAGUGCUUGGCUUGGUUGAUGAAGACGAGUGGCACGAGGCAUUCACUGAAGCGCUCGUGCCUGAUCUGCCAGCUCCGCGUCUGUUUAAAAUCUCAGCCUCUGUUGUUACUUUAGCUCAGUUUUUUGGUGUGCGGCUGCUGAACGUGAGCUUGAUGUUCCUGAGAGACACCUGGCCUGGCUGUCUGCUGCACGCCACGGCAGAGAGGCUGGAGAUCGAGGCAGCAACUCUCAAUCAAACAAAUGUUGCUCUAUCAGUGAGUGUUCAUAAUUGUCAUGUCAAGAUGCUUCAACCAUCCGCUGAGAAACAUGUGCAACAAAAACUCACAAAUGACAUUAGGAGUGAAGUUGUUCCUCCUGCUCGCCCUGAUGACGACAUCAAAGAACAGAGUGACAAGAGCCGAGUUUUUGCAUCAGUUCUCGGGUCAUUAUAUGGCGGUCGAAACAACAAUGAUUCUAGGACCCAUGAUCCUUCACUACUUGAGUGCUCCUUCUCGUCCAAGUUUUAUGUUCAAGUUGAUGCUGAGCACCAUGCUUAUAUGGAGACAGUGAGCCUGGAGCUGAAAACAGUAAAGUUGGACGUCAGAGAUCGUCUAUUUGUGUUCAUGCAAGACCGCACGGCUGCCUACAGAAGUGCACGUGCUGCCACAAAGACGACUUCCUCUCCUCUCCAGCAAAAUGGGGGAGAUGCUGCUGGCUCUGUUUUCUUCAGUGUUUCUGACGAUACAAAUUAUUCAGCAAGAGAACAAUUGUUGGGGUUACAAGACCUCACUGAGACCCCCACCAGCAUUGCAACAGCUGUUCCUGCUGUAUCGCGCUUUCUCUCUAUUUACUGGCAUCUUGUACCUCAGAACGUAAAUUUGAGCCUUGAGGAUGUGUCUAUGAACGUCACCUCGCACCCCACACGCAGCAACGUCUUGGCUCAAAUGUCCAGUCUACAGUUCACUCUUCGUAUACCUCGCGCUCCACAUACCUUGCAAGCGACGCCUGCACUCUUGCCUGAGGUGUACAGCAGCUUCAGCAUGGAUGGAGUGCAGCUAAACUCCUCUCACCACUCCUUCCUGUCACUGCGCACUCUCAGAUCCGAUUCAUCACACCUUGGCCGGCGUGCUGUGUGUGGUGCAGAGCUUCACUCCUUCUUGUAUUGGUUUGACCACCGAGACCUCUCAGUGUUCCUGCCCUACCUCAGCUGCCUCCUAAACUCCGCGGCCCCUCCGAAGCCUGCUCCUGAAAGAAAAGACCAGAAGAAACUAGUUCCCCUACUACGUGCCUGCUGCGACAGCGUGCACCUGGUAGUAGAACUCCGCGAUAUCGGAGUGGGUGUUAAACUUCCCUCUGGUCCUCCACUGCUGCUGUCGCUCCUACACGGUUCCUUGGACACCGGCACAGGGGACUUCGUGCUGGAAGCGUUCACAUCGCAGCUGGGCCGCGAGUGCUGUUGCUUGAGGCCGCUGCGGCUGCUAGAAUGUUAUUGCGAAGCGGCCAACAAUUGCACCACUGGCCGCUGCCCUCCUGCUAGACGCCACUCAGGCGGGGGGGAACUGAAACAAUCACCGGAUCCUGUUAUAGAAACUCGGCACAGGCGCAGUGUUGGUCACGCUGGUCGUGAGAAGGUCACCUCAUCGCUGCUAGGGCAGUAUGGUACUCAGAACUACCUUCUAAGCCUGACGGAUCUAAUGGAUUAUACUAAUGUAGGGAACCGAGCCCAGGCUCCAUACGAUGAACUGCAAUUGUUAGCUCAACUCAGAGGCGGUGACCAUCAAGAACGUCAUAUUUGGGGCAGUCCUGUGUCUCUUGGACUUUGCUGCGUCCACUUCAGUCCAGGCUCUGUUUUUCACGAAGCUCCUCAUGCAGAUAUUAUCGACAUGUUUGAAGGGAAUAAGAAUUUUAUGGAUUCUAGUCGCUCGUCUGAUGGAUGUCGACAACGAUAUUUCUCCAGAGGAGAGUCAGGAGUUGGGAGCUUCAGCUCGAGUUUCCAAAGACACCGUUCAAGUCAGUCACUUAUCAAUGAUCCUGCUGUCACGGAGCAACAUACACACGAUAACGUCACUAACGUUCAUCUUGAUCACCUACAGCUUGAGUGGAGCCCUUCGCUUGCCAACUUCAUGUGCGCAGUUCUCAGUUACGCCGUGGAGGUAAAGCAGUUCUUGGGGCUAAAGCCCUCGCCCCAGCCCUCGCACUCGUCACCUAAACCUGAUUCUCCUGUGACGUCAUCUCAUAUUGAGAGCCUGAAAAGCCUCACGCUCGACUGCUCCAGCAUCAAUAUCUUCGCACACACCAAAUACGACCAAUCCCUGAUGCUGCGAUGCGACAGUGUGCGCUCAGCUCGCCGCAGCACCGCGCUGUUCCACGGCCUGAAGCUCAUACAGUUUGUGCCACAGAAAAAGCCUUUUCAUUGUGAAGAUGCCGCCAGCAUUAAGUGCGGGUUGGUGGUAGCAGACGUGGGCGUGCUGAGCGUCGUGCUGAGUGAGGGCGACACGCUGCUGGAGGUGAGGAACGAGUGCUCGCUGCACUGGUGGCCUGCUACACACCUCACGCUCUUUGCUGUCUUCAUGGAUCUCAAGGAGUUGAGUUCCAGUCUGCGCUCCAACCACACCUGGACAAUUUCCCCAACAUCACAAGUUGAGUCUCCCACUAAGCCAAAAACAGAGCUGCGACUGCAGGUUCUUGCUAAGAGUCCAGUGAGUUUGCGGCUAACUCUAUCAGAACGUCACGAGGCUCGCUUGAGUGUAGUUGGCUUCACGUUUCUCACCGCCAAAGGUCUUACUUGCAUCCAAGCAUCUCUUUUGGACCUUGAUCUUGACCAGCACAAAAUUAUGAGCGUCACUGAUGGCAAGCUCGUCUCUUCCUUCAAAUCCUCUGAGCUGCGUAACGAGAGACAAGCUUUUCCUGAGCUGGAGCAGCCAAUAAACAAGGCUUGGCGUCUCACCAUCGCGAUUUGGAAGGUCACAUUUCCUUAUGAGUUCGAUUUUGCAGAGGCAUUCCAUGAAGACUUCUUGUGUCUAGUAAAGUGGCUUAAAACGGUCCACAAGAACACAAAAAAAGUCAGCAGUCCUGUUGAGGCGAGCUUCGUUAACUCGCCAACUAUUGGUAAAUCCACCACCUCAAACGAGAAGAAGUUACCUCCUGACAUAAUCGUGAAGGUGACGGAGUGGGUCGUGAGUGUCGAGGACGAUCCUUUUGAAGUGAAGCUCCGUUAUAAUUACGAGCUAAUGGAGGACGAAUACCAGGAGAGUUGCAAGCGAAAGAAAGCUUUUAACGCUCGGAUAAAUGACUUGCAGCGCUCAGGGGCUUUUCUCACUUCCAACAAAAUUGAAGAGCUUCACAAGAGCCUCAAAGAAAAGGACUCGGAGACAUACAUCAAACGGUCAAAGCAGAUGUACGAGUCAACGCCCGUGCGCAGUCCACUCUUUACGUGGGUUGUGAAGGAUCUUGUUGGUUUUGCUUUGGCAGAUCCAUCUUUCGAUGGAAAGGAAAAUAUCCUUCGCAACAUGGAGGAAAUUGAUUCGUGCCCGAACGGGGACGAGGAGUUCAGCACCCUGUGGUGCAGGAUGCUGAGCGCCUCGGUGGGCCUGUGGCAGCUCAGACUGAGGGACUACCCGCAGCCUCUGCUCGACGUGUCUGCCCUCGAGAUGUGGGGGCGCCUCGUGUGUGGCGAGCAGUGCGCUCCUCACAAGAGAGGUGAGCGAACUGUAGUGCUGCCGCUGCCUGCGCCGUGGCACGAUGGCAAAGUCAAGCGAUGCCUGGCACCUCGCAAAUUCUAUCACGACUUCACCUGGGAGGCUCGCACCUUCAUCCUAGCCUACGGCCCUUGCUGGGAACCUGCUAUGUCACAAUUCAGUUUAGCCAUGUCGCUUGUGACGAGUCGCUCUGUGGACCCAUCCCUGCCGCUGCCCUGGUGGGAUAAGGUCCGUCUUCUCCUACACGGCCGUCUGCUCCUGCUCGCCCAGAACUUCACCCUGAAGCUGCACGCCUCGCUAGACCCGUACAACACAACUGAGGAGAUGGAGCUCACCUGGACCGACCUUACCAUGGACUGGGUUAAUGCUAAGCUCGACUUCUCUGGUGACUUGAAUGUGUUCGUGCGCACGGCUUCCAAGUACGACGAUGCCAGACUGCUGCGCAUGCCCAAUCUCAGACUGGAGCUGAAGUUGCGCUGGAUUUGUUUGGGCGAUCCUAACGACCACCAUGCAGUGAUUCUCUGUGCACCAGACAAGCUGCCUGAAUACUCCAGUAACCAAGAGCAUGACUCGUAUCGCUCAUUCCGCAGCCGUAACCUGGAUAUUAACAUUAACUUGGAGACACGUCCGCUGGUGCGGGACAACGUGGUCGUUAACCCUGUCAUCGAGAUGCUCUUCUAUGGCAGCACACUCAGGUGGUUUGAGAAUCUAAAGUUCAUUUUGAGCGGCGUAACACGACCAAUAAGGAGGGGCAAAGUAUUCAACAACACGGCUCCCCGCAAACCGCAGCUGUCGCGCCACUACCGCAACAUUCACCUCGCCUUGGCCUUGCAGAGGUUUGAUGUGCGCUACUGGUUGUCGGUGGGCGUAAAGAAAGGCUUCCAUCUGAGUGGCGAGCGUCUCUCUCUCAGCUCUGAACAUAGUCGCGCGCUCACACCCCGGAAUUCUGGGCUGAGGCAACGCUCCCUGUCUCGCUGGUCUGUUGUCUACCUCAAUACAGAGCUGCUUCAGGCCCAGGUUUGGCUUCAAAGUGUCCUGACCGAAGAAGAACCCUCGGUGGAAUCAUAUGAAAAUGAGGAGACCGCCUCCAAAACUGACGGCAAAAAGUCAGUUCCUGAUCAGCCGGACGGACAAGCAGGCCACAAGACGAGACCUGAUAGCAAAGGAUCGUCCAAGCGCGACGAUGCUAACAAAACUGGCGAUAAUCACGACGCCGGUGCUGCCAAGAAAGAGUCUGAUCAAGAGAGCACGAGGCGCAAAGUCGGUCCCACUCAGCCUCCUCAAGUCGAGAAGUUCUAUUUCCUGCACGUCACCAAAGUCGCCUACAUGCACGAGACGCUCUCUGCCGACCACCCCUACAUGAGCAGCGGGCCCGCCACGGAGACCCCGCAGCACAGGCUCGUUGUGCAUCACCUCAAGGGUGCAUGGACGACACACAACCGCGACAUCGUCUUGGCGCUCUACGACUCGUGGACCAAGAGCCGUCAGCUGAAGCACAACCUGAGACCCGAUGUCCUGCAGAGCUUCUCUGGCGCCGCGCGCAACGCCCGCAGCGCUGCUGACCGGGCGCAGCCUGUGCUCAACGCCGCCUCUCCUUCAUCUUUGCAUACGCCCUCUGGCCUAGAAGCAACUCCCUCGCCUCUGUCACGGCUGCAGUCAGGCACGGGUGCUGAUCUGCUGCACCAGCUCAUCAAGGAGGCCGAGAACAACUUCGUGGCGUACUCUGAAGACUGCAGCAACACGUCCGAGCAGCCCAGGGAGUCGAACACACUGCACGGUGUGACUGACUGUACCAUGGAUGAUGUCGUCUGCAAGCGAUGGCUCAUUGAGUUGGUGAACUCGCAAGUGUUGCUGAAAGGCUGCGAGACGCAAGGCUACGUAAUUUUAAGUGCCGCGAAGAGUCAAGUUAUUCAGCGCAUCCAUCGCCCCGCGUGGCGCCAGCAGACGCUCAACAGCAAGACCACUUGGUACGGCUCCCUGGAGUGCAUGCAGUACUACGCUACUGUCAGCCCCAGCCGCUCACAGACGCAGAUGGCUGACAAUAUUCUGUGGCUGAGCGUGGCGAAUAUUGAGGAGCGUGGAGAUGCACACGAGCCUCUGGACCUCACGGACAUCGUGGGCAGCAACCAGUGCGCGGGUGGCGUGGUCACUGACACGGUCGGGGGCGCGCAGCUCGAUAAGUCGGGACAUUGCCACGACAUGCAGUUGCAAAGAAUCGUGUCGCGUUGUCGCUGCGAGUUCUACUAUGUGUGCUACGGCGAGCUGGGCAUGGAGCCCGAGCUGCUGGGCGAGGUGCAGCCUCCGCCGCCCAACACUGAUGAGCUCUGGGGCGACCACAGAGAUCCUACUGACACUUUCACUCUGAUGCAUCACGACCUCUGCAUCAGCACCAACUCUUUGCAGUACAACAUGGUGGUGGACAUCCUGAACAAGCUUCUUCUCUACGUGGACCCUGUCAAGAAGGCGGCGAGUUCAGCGCUCGCCAGGAUGCGGUUCCAACUGCAGCUCAGCUCUGGUGAUGACCAGAAGAAACCUAUCGUCAAGCUCCAGAACCAACUCAGGAACCAUUUACUGCAAUUACGUGCGCUGGAGAAGGACGUGUACCUCGUACAGCGUGCCCUGGACCGCGAUCCUCAGCACGACCCUCUGCUCAGAGAAAUGGAGAUCCUCAACAAGCGGGUUGUGUCUUGCAAAGAACGUCUCUCUAGUCUCAGUCAGGAACUUGCGAUCAGAAUUCAUUGCUACAACGAGUCGCUGCUGCGAGCCAACCAUAAAAUGUCCAUGGCUCAGGGAGACAAGGUUACAACCAUCAGAAUAAACGAAGUGUUCUUCCGGAAAGCUCAGUGGCGCCUCACGGAAGACGAUGGACAGCUGGGCAUUUCUGAAGUGGCUCUUUCCAAUUUCUUGUACACUAAGAAGACGAAUUCAGACGACAGCGGUGAACAUUUACUCGAGCUUGGCUACGUCAACAUGAAGAACUUGCUGCCCAACCAGGCCUACAGGGAUGUGCUAGCCCCCACCACCCUCACCAGCGCAUGUCCCCUCGACAGACAGAAAACGUUGCGGAUAUUCUGUCGAGAGAAGCCUCCUUGUGGUGGCAUCUCCGUUAUCGACCACUUUGAGAUCAACGUCGUACCGCUCGAUAUUUCUUUGACUUAUCAGUUCUACAAGACGAUUCUGAAAUUUUGCUUCCCUGACAACGUGGUGGUGGUCGAAGAAUCAGAAAGCAGGAGGCGUCAGUUGGCGCGUCGGGCUGCUAGAGCCAACAAGGACUCGCACUUCUAUGUCAAGCUUCAGAAAGAUGAUGUCGAAAUCAUGAAGCAAAGAGCCGAGCAGAACAAAAUGUUCGUUUACAUCAAGAUUCCUGAGCUGAAGAUUCGCCUAAGUUACAAGGGGAUGAAGGAAAAGAACUUGACAGACGUGACGAACUUCAGGCUCGUGGUGCCGUCGCUGGAGUACCACAACGUCACGUGGACGUGGCUCGACUUUCUCAACGGACUUAAGGAGCACUGCAAGAGUGCGCUCGUGCCGCAGGUCAUAAAGAUCAAGCUGAACGUGCUGAACAAAGGAACCGACGCCACGGCUGAGCUCAACGAAGAGGCUAAAGCCAGGCUGCUCCUUGGCGACCGCCAUCUGCCUUCUACCGCACGCACGUCCAAGAAAAGUUUGUUCAAGUUCAAGAAGUAACGCAUUGGAUGAAUUCCGUCAUGUCUUCAUUGACAGGAGUCUCAUAGUUAGAGUUACGAAAACUUUCAUCUAUUCGAUAUUGUUAGUGCUCGUUUUAAAAUAUUCUUUCACCGAAACAUUUUGUCCUAAAACUUUAUUCCGAUCUCUGGCAAUGAAAUUUGUUCUGGUGUUCCGUGAGUAUUUUUUUUUUAUGAUUUAUGACCGUUCAUGCUGCACGAGCCAAAGUUUAUGCAUUCCACAUUUAAUUUUUAUGCCCAUUAUGUUCAUAUGAAUAAUUUCAAGACAUUUCUUCGUAUCUUUGUAUUCAGGAAAAUUUCAGUGUUCAUCUCUUUUCCGACUUCUGUUUGUUUCUCGUCUGUAUUUACUUCGCCUUGCUGCUCAACUAGCGAGUCAUUACCACGAUCUCUUUUAUUCAACGAAACUUGUACAUGACAUUUUUAUUUCUGUGUUCUAUUCUAUGCUGGACGGAAAGAUUACUUUGUCCUGUCAGGAUGCUUACGAUUACAUGAUGGAGGUUAUCAUGUCAGAACUACUAUUAUUACAAUAAUUUUAAACCUUCUGCAAGCUAUAGUCUUUCUGAGGACGUACUUUACAUUAGUUAUGUGCUUAGGUAUUGGUGACCUUAUAAACAGGCAUAGCUACCUAUAUAGGAGGAAAGUGUUUCAGAGAGUGAAUUAGUUCGUUACGCGUAUCGGUGGCACUCACGUUUCUUGCUCUUAUUAAAUCAUAUUAUAAUAUCUUAUUAUCAAAAUGAAAUGUUUAUUUUUUAC